AUGCCAAUGCACCGCCUCAUUAUCUAUUUUCUUGUAGCAGUGACACAAGUUCUUACUGGGGUCUUUGCAAAUGGCUUCAUCAUGGUGGUGAAUAUGGUGGACUUCAUCAAGCAGAGAAAAAUGGCUCCUUUGGAUCUGCUCAUUUCCUGCCUAGUGACUUCGAGGAUUUGUCUACACUUUCUCAUCCUCUUUGAGCACAUUGCUGUUCUGUCCUUCAUGAAACAGUCAGUAUUUGCUGAGCUUAAUAUAAUUUUCAUGUUUGUAACUAUUUGGGGGCUUUGGUUGGCCACGUGGCUUGGUGUUUUCUACUGUGCCAAGAUCGCCACCAUCCCACACCCACUGUUCUUCUGGCUGAAGAUGAGGAUUUCCAACUUGGUGCCCUGGCUGAUCCUGGGGUCUACAUUGUAUGCAUCUCUCAGUACUGGCAUUUAUGCAAAACAUGCAUGGACUAUUACCCAAAAUUUUUUGGUCAACUUUUUCUCCAAAAAUGUAACUCAGAUCAAAGGAAUAGACUUUGUACUACUUUCUACUUUGAUUUUUCAUAUUUCAGUGCCAUUAAUUAUCUUCCUCAUCGCCGUUCUGCUCUUGGUUUUCUCCCUAGGGAGACAUGCCCAGCAGAUGAGAAGCACUGCUAUGGGAACCCAGGAUCCCCACAGGGGCGCCCCCAUCAGGGCAGUGCUGUCCAUCCUGUCCUUCUUAAUCCUCUACUCCUCCCACUACAUGAUGGUCCUUUUGUUCUUUUUUCAAAUAUUGCAGUUUGGAAGCUCCCUUUAUGAGUUUUGCACCUUGGUGUCUGGCACCUACCCAUCUAUACACUCUGUUGUCUUAAUUUUAGGAAAUUCUAAACUGAAACAAAAGGCAAAGGAGUUCCUGGUCUGUGGUCAGUGUGGUCAAUGA